AUGUCUGCCAUCACUGUUCUCCAACCCGGCGGGACGGAAAUCAAUCACAAGACUGUAGCCGAAAAGUCGCCAGCUUUGAUAGAGUUGAACACCUCCCAGGACGACUGGGUGUAUCCUUAUCCAACCAAGUUCAAGAUACAUGAGCACCCACUUGACGAAAUCCGUGAGCUCAAGGUGGCUGUCAUUGGUGCCGGUCUUGCGGGCAUAAUUGCAGGUGCGCUUUUACCUGCGAAGGUGCCAGGUAUAAAACUAACCAUUCUCGAAAAGAAUGCGGAUUUGGGCGGAACAUGGUACGAGAACACGUACCCGGGAGUUCGCUGCGACAUCCCUGCCCAUGUUUACCAGGCGACAUUUUCUCCAAACACCGAGUGGAGUGAGGAGUACGCUCAAGGCUCAGAGAUCCGCAACUACUGGCAAAACGUAGCCAAAAAGCACGACGUCUACUCCAAGGUCAAGCUGCAGACCAAGGUUCUAGGGGCUUACUGGGAACCAGAACGAUCGCAAUGGAGAGUCGAAACAAGAAACCUUAAGAGUGGUGAGGAAAAGGUUGAACGCUUUGAUUUUCUGAUUCCCGCCAUCGGACACUUCAAUGAAUGGAGAUUGCCAGAUAUUCCAGGCAUCAACGAUUUUCAAGGUCACCUAAGACAUUCAUCGAACUGGGAUCCCAAUUUUGACCCAAGAGGCAAGCGCAUAGCCACCAUUGGCAAUGGAGCAUCGGGUAUCCAAAUCACUCCAGAGCUGCAGAAGGUCGCUAGUCACAUCGACCACUAUGCCCGGAGUCGAACUUGGAUCGCUGGUUCCUUCAAUCCCAAUGCGAAGGACAGGCAAGCUACGCCCAUGUAUAUUCCUAAGGAGCAGCAAGAGUCGUUCUCUGACCCCAGAGUCUACCUCGAGUAUCGCAAGAAGUUAGAAGGGUCUUUCUGGAGAAACUUCGAUGCUCAGCUCAGAGACUCUGAGACCAGCAAGACCUCCGCCAAAAACUUCAAAGAGUUGAUGCGUUCGAGACUGGCCGAUAAGCCUGAGUUGCUUGAACAGAUAGUGCCUGACUUUCCUCCACACUGUCGUCGACUCACACCCGGCCCUGGAUAUCUUGAAGCCUUGACAAAAGAGAAUCUUACCUUCAUCCAGACACCUAUCUCGCAUUUCACGAAAGACGGGAUUGUGACUAAAGAUGGAGUGCAUCGUCCUGUCGAUGCGAUCAUCUGUUCAACGGGUGCAAAUGUCGACUUUGCGCCUCCCUUCCCUAUUGUCGCUGGUGAAUAUGACUUGUCUCGCGAUUGGCGCCCAGAAGGGAAGUUUGGUUUCCCCUACACUUACAUGGGUGUUGCAACACCUGGUCUUCCUAACUUGUUGCAACUACAUGGUCCCAAUGGCUAUGGAUCCUCAGGAACCGUCCCACAUUCGGUUGAAACACAAGCCACAUAUAUCGCUAAAGUCUUGCGCAAAGUCAGCAGUCAAGGCAUCGCAAGCAUCGUGCCUAAAAAAGAUUCCGCCGAUGCUUUUGUCGAGUACUGCGAUGCUUUCUUCCCUCGAACCAAUCUAUCCAGAAAGUGCAGCAGCUGGGCGAACGGCCGUCGUCCUGGCGGUAGGAUCCACGGUUUAUGGCCAGGAAGCGCUGCGCAUUUGACCAACGUCAGAAGGGACCCGCGCUGGGAAGACUAUGAAUACACCUAUAUCGAUCCGGGCAACAUAUUUGCAUACUGGGGUAACGGUGUUACCAAGAAAGAGUUUGACCUCGAGAGCGAUAUGACAUCUUAUCUGAGACUACCUGAGGAGCUGGACUUGAGGGACUUGCAUGAGCGCUGGUGGGAUCUGUAG